AUGAAAAGCAAAAUAAAACUUUUUGCUUUUGCCACUAAAACACCCCUCGACAUCAAAGGGUAUUUCGAAGCUUCAGUUGAAUCAGGAACAAAAAUUACCACAGCCCAAUUUUAUGUGAUAAACACUGAUGCUGGAUGUCUAAUAAGUGGAAACACUGCAAUUGAUCUUGGGUUAUUAAAGCUAAACAAAAUUGCAUUUGUUACAUCUCAACCUGAAACCCAUCAACCUAAAAAAAAUGCUCCAGCAAAUACCAAGUCUAGACCUAAAAGAUUGAGAACCUUAUUUUCGAAAUAUGAUCAUUUAUUCCAAGGAAUCGGAAAAGUCCCAGAUUACAAAGUUCAUUUACACAUUGAUAAAACUGUCCAACCCACUAUUCAAAAAGCCCGCAGAAUCCCAUUUACAAUGAGAACCAAACUAUCAGAAGAACUGCGACGUCUUGAAUCAUUAGAUAUUAUUGAAAGUGUAACAGGCCCCACGUCCUGGGUAUCUCCCAUUGUUUGUUUCCCAAAACCCAACAAUCCCGACCAAAUUC